GGGCCUUAUGAGGGGUGAUCCUUCCCCAAGUAGCUGUGCGCGGUGGGAAAGUAUACGGCAAGACUGCAACGCUUCAUGAUAUAAGUUGUCCGCCGCCGUAGCAAUCCUUAGGUCAAAGUUCCUCCUUCUCCAUCCACAUUCGUCAUCGGCUUCUGCACAACUGAAACAAAGCAGCAGUGCUCCGUGUUUGCCCCUCGCCCAACUCCUCUCCGACACCCAACAUUCACAAUGAACACGCUCCUCUCAGUCCUCGUGGCCAUGGCCUCCCUAGCCGCCGCGUCGCCCAUACUCCCGCCGUCGACCGCCCUCCUCUCGCGGCGCGACUCGGCGGAGCACGGCUGCACCGACACCUCGUUCGGACACCCCGACGCGUUCGCGUGGAGCGUCGCCGGCUUCGACUACCACGCCAGCUACACCUUCACGACGCCGGCGCACCAGAACAGCUGGGGCUACGUCAACUUCAACCUGACCAACCCGGCCCUGGCGCCCGCCGUCGCCGUCUGCUCGGCCUCAUCCAACCAGCCCACCGACUUCUUCUACGGCACCAUGGAGUACACGUGCGCCCUUCCGGGCGGCGGCCCCAUCGCCGGAGGCGGCCGUGGUGGGGAGGCCACCUUUGAUUUCAGCCGGCCCUCGGGUGUGCUCAACAUCAAGCAGACUUGGAGCUGCCACGACCAGGACCCGCAGUACCCAAUCACCUUUUGGGCAUACGGCAACGCCACCCUGUCUCUCGAGUGCGAGGACACGACGUGGACGAACCCAAACUGGACCCAGGGCCAGAUCUACUCGAGUCGCACCGUCCAAUGCGCGCCCGUCAGCCUCCCGAUCAAGCCCCACACCAUGACCGCUGUCGCAUAAUGGCCUGCGUCUAGUGCUUCUGCGUCCAGUCUUCCUCCUCGUCCUCGAAAGGCCAUCAUCUCAUUUCCCUUUUGCCGUUUGCGAUUUUAAACCCCACCAUCCUUUGACAAGGCACUGAUGAUUGUGAUGACGUCAAGAAUACUUUGUAAUUUAAUCA